AUGACUCCAAUCGACUCAUUCUAUCCUGUUACAUCACACAGGACUGAGCUUGGACGCUGCAGAAGCGUGUGCGAGUUAAAUAAGGAAGAAUCAGCACUCGUUGACAACGUGAGAAGAGAAGAAUGGGAAGAAAAUAUUCCCGAGAAGAUAUCCCUUCACUGCAGAAUAAAGAGAGAUUACUCUUGGAGAUGGCUUGAAAUACUUCUUGAAAGGCCAUUGCCAUCUACAAGAACAUUUAAUCAUCUUUUGAGUUUAGUUUCAAAAAUGAAAUGUUAUUCAGAUGUCAUUAUGUUGUUUUACAAGAGGAUGAAUUUGGUGGGAGUAAAACCAGAUAUUUAUACAUUCAGCAUUUUGAUCAACUGUUGCUGUCAAUUAGGCCAACUGAAUUAUGGGUUUUGUUUGUUUGGAGAAAUGCUAAAGAGAGGUUAUCAUCCUGAUAAAGUCACAUUUACUACAUUGAUUAAAGGGUUGUGCAUCAGAGAUGAGAUUGAAACUGCGUUCGAUAUGUUUGCUAAAAUGGCUCACACAGGUAUUCAACCUGAUGCCUUCACAUGUAAUACUCUCAUACAUGGGUUUUGUAGAACUGGCAAAGUGGGUCUUGCUAUUCAGUUAAAAAGCAAGAUGUCUGAAUGGAAUUGCAGACCGAAUGUGGUUUCGUAUGUUGUAAUCAUAGAUACUCUUUGUAAAGGAGGUUUACUUGAUGAAGCUUUAGUUCUCUUCUCUGAAAUGCUUGACCAUUCGAAUGCUGUACCGAAUGUAGUUGUUUACACUUCUUUGAUUAACGGGUUUUGUAAUUCAGGCCGGUUAAAAGCAAGAAAAUGUUUUGAUGAAAUGAUGGAUCGAGGGAUUUCACCCGAUACGGUAACUUUUAAUAUAUUAAUAGAUUCACAUUGUAAAGAUGGGAUGAUGGAAGAUGCCUGGGGUUUAUUUCAACUAAUGGACAAGUUGAACAUUCAACCUGAUCAGAUUACUUAUAAUUCAAUGAUGGAUGGUUUGUGUUUGACAGGUCAUCUGGAAGAAGCUGUUGAACUGUCUGACUCGAUGGUGGAUAGAGGCCUUGCGCCAAAUGAGUUCAACUACAAUGUGCUAAUCGAUGGGUAUUGCAAGAAUCGUAAGAUGGACGAAGCUAUGCAGCUAUUCAAGAAAAUGAAACGAAAUGGAUUGCAACCAACAACAGUCACUUACAAUACAUUGUUAGGGGGUCUAUACUGUUAUGGAAGAGUUAGGGCUGCAAAUAAUUUGUUUGGUGAGAUGCAAGCUUUUGGUCCAUCUCCAGAUACUGUCGCAUACGGUACAGUGUUAAAUGGGUACUGCAAGAACGGAAAAGUGGAGGAGGCAGUAGAAUUGUUUGAAUCCAUGGAGAAUGCAGGUAUGAUAGCUAAUGCAUAUAUGUACAGUAUUCUAAUUCAUAGCUUUUUCCGAGCCGGCAAGUUGGGAGAUGCAAGAAAACUAUUUAAUGAAAUCCCCAAUAAAGGAGUAGCACCUGACGUAGUAGUAUAUAACACAAUGAUCAAUGGCCUCUUUCACAAUGUGAUGUCAUUGGAAGCUGAAAAACUAAUCAUCGAAAUGGAAGAGAAGGGUUGUUUACCAAACGCUAGAACAUGUGAUAUCAUCAUUCAGGCUUUUCUUAUAGCAAAGGAGACUGACUAGGCAUUACAUUUUCUUCGCAAGAUGUGUGAAAAAGAAUUUGUACCUAGUGAUUCUGUUUUUUCCUUUUUGUUGAAAACUCUCUAGGCAGAUGAGCUAAGAAAUCUAUAAUCUGAUAAAACAUAAAAUUAGGCUCUUAUUGUCCAUGUGGGAUUAUUUCUCAACAUUUUCCCAUCUUCGGAAAUGAUUUACAUCAACAACAGAAAAACUACAAAUGCAAA